ACGUUGGACCCAUCAACAAUGAGAAACGACUAAAUUUUGCUGAAAUCAGAACUUCUUAGUCAAAGCCUGAUUCGGUACCGUUUGAACUUCUGUGAGUCGGAGUUUGAUAUCCCUUGAUGAAACCUUCACCUACCGACAUUCAUUUAUGUUCAUCCACGUGUGGCUCAUGAACUUCAAGUGAACUUUUCAGCGAUCCAAGUUGAUCGUGCAUGUUUUUGUAAUGCCUUUCCAGCAGCAUUAUACAAGUCUUCAGGCCGUUGCGUUCACUUCUGAUCCCGCGUUUGUUUCAGUAUUGGUCGAACUCUCAUUCGGAUCGUCUCGGGUGCGCGUCGUCGUCGUCGCCGGAAGGGAUCGCUGCUAGCGAUCGUAAUUUUUUUCGGUAUUUUUGUUUAUGUUCUUUUUUUGGUAAUUAACGGUUUGUUUUCAUGAUUACAAGCGUGCGUUCUGUAGCAAAAGGGGGAAGUCAACGGAUUCCAAAAUCCGCGCCUGCGCCCUCGGUGGCUGUUGGUGGUUAUUUGUGUUGUGUCCUUUAAUUGUGCUCUAUCGUGGGCUGCGAAUCGUUUGUGGGUGCUGUAAGUUCAUGUUUUCAUGGAGAAGAAUCCGUUACCGUCCAACCAGAGUGUUCAAAGUUGGUAGAAAUCGUGUCAAGUGUUCAUAGGGUCACAUAGGGAGUUCCUGAAGAUCCUGAAUCAAGUUCUACAUCCGUUGAAAGCAUUCGAAAGGACGUUCGUAAACAAACGAAUUUCCAGGUGAUGAUGAUUCAUUCUUAGUCCAUUUCCGGAGUUUGCGCAGAGUCAACACGUGGAUUUUGUGAAUGAAAUCCGGUCCCGACGACGCCAGAGUUCUGCCGCCUUCCCCUCUCGAGUUUCCUUGUCUUCAAGCAGUUCUGAUGUCCUUCGGCGAGUUCUACGUUCAAGCCUACAAGUGGUGAUAAAAAAUGUCUUUGUAAUAAUCGAAGAAGCUGUACGAGCCUACAAAAUGUGCGAAUCGUGUCUCGACGGUGGCAUGUAAUUAGGAUGUGAUGUGACCAGUUGAUCUGGAAUCUGGAGAAGUCGUGCGACAACGAGGAAGGAAGAUCUUCAGCGAAGUCUUCAGCAGAAGAAGUUCGCGAGAGUGGAAUAAAGGAAGCAAGGGCUUACGAAAAAAAAAUCGGUCAAGCCACCAGGUAUAAUGUGCAAUAAAUCAGUGGUCAUGGUGGGUCAUGAUGGCACCUCUUCGGAAGGUGGGCGAAAGCCGGGAAGAUGUUGGAGCAACAAAAGCAGAAGUAGCAUCCAAAGUGGAUUCCUGAUUCGUGGAAUAAUCGUUAUUUUUGUUGGUGGAUGCUGCGGCAAGCCGUACCUGCCGGCGCAGUCAGCUGAUAAACUGAACGGUGGAGGAAGCUCGUGGGACUACGAUGAUAGUGUGCAAAAUUAUUUAAUGGAGUUUGGUUACUUGCCCAAAUCGAACAUUGAAACUGGCAACCUUCGGACAAUGGACCAGCUGAGCGAAGCAGUGAAAAGUUUACAGGCCUUUGCCAACCUGGAACCGACGGGGAAGAUUGACGGGGAGACGCGGGAGCUGCUGCGGCGGCCCCGGUGCGGGGCGCCCGACCUGGCCGGGUCGAACGACUUUCUGGCGUCGAACAGCUUGUCGGGCCGAUACCGGAACGGAGGGCGCCGCCAGCGGAGGUUCGUGAUCCAGGGCCAGAAGUGGGACCACCACACCGUUACAUGGAGCUUGGUGAACCAAUCGAUGACCGACCUGGACGCGGGGCAGGUACGCCGGGUUCUGCACGAAGCGUUGGAUCUUUGGGCCCAAAAUGCGAACAUUUCGUUCCGCGAGGUGUACAGCAGCCAGGCCGACAUUCAGGUGUUGUUUGCACGGCAGUUCCACGGGGAUGGAUAUAGGUUCGACGGGCCGGGGAAGAUCUUGGCCCAUGCUUUCUACCCGGGCAGUGGAAUCGGCGGUGAUGCCCACUUUGACGAGGAGGAGACCUGGCUGUUGAACGAACCACUUGGGACGGAUGGGACAAGGUUGUUUGACGUGGCGGUUCAUGAGUUUGGACAUUCGCUGGGUUUGGGUCAUUCAUCGGUUAAGGAGGCCAUUAUGUUCCCGUGGCACCACGUGUCUUACCGCGGGAAAGAUUCCAUCCCGGAAGACGACCGUCACGGCAUUCAGGGCAUCUACGGACCGAAGAAGAAGACCUACGGCCACAAUCCGGAACGCCAUACCACACCAACAACGACGACCACUACAACUACAACCCCUCCUCCCCCACGACGACCUCCAACUCACCGCUACUACCCGUCCAAGAACCAAACCGGCCACCCCUGGCAGGGACUCCACCCGAACAAUCCGUACAACCCGUACAAAACCACCCCGACCUCAACCACCACCACGGAGAUCCCCCGCCGCCGUGUCUACUACCCGGACAAACCACGCCCCGUCGGAACGGACCACCCACAACACAUUCCCACUCCGACCAAGGUCCACCACCAUCACCACCACAACCACCCGGCAACGCGACCUCCCCUCCCAACCCGGCCCAACCCGUGCGACACCAGCUACGACGCCAUCACGCUGAUCCGGAACGAGCUGUUCAUCUUCAAGGAUCGCUACCUUUGGCGAAUAUUCGAGAACGACCUGCACCACCGACCGCCGGCCCUCAUCAGCGAUAUGUUCUACGGGCUGCCGCGGGACUUUGAGCGGAUCGACUCGGUGUACGAGAACAAACACCACAAGAUUGUAUUCUUCGUCGGCAAGCAAUACUACGUCUUCAACUCGCGACAUCCAGAGCCGGGCUACCCGAAACCGUUGACGGCGCUGGGACUGCCAGAGAGCAUCGAGCGGAUUGAUGCGGCCCUCGUGUGGAGCUACAACAACCGGACGUACCUGUACAGUGGGCGGCUGUACUGGAGAUUCGACGAGGACGCGAACCACGUCGAGCUGGACUACCCGCGGGACAUGUCGAUGUGGAAGGGCGUCGGCUACAACAUCGACUCCGCCUUCCAGUACCGGGACGGCAAGACGUACUUCUUCAAGGGCAAGGGCUACUGGCGGUUCAACGAUCUGCGGAUGAGCGUCGACCAGGCCGACCCGCACCCGUCCGCCCCGCACUGGAUGAAGUGCCAGCAGCACAAGGUGCGCGAACCGAUGGUGGACGUCACGACCGAGGACCAGGAGGACGUCAUCACCAGCGGGGUGGCUGGGUUGGGUCCCCGAACUAAGUUGGGCUUCUUUGCGCUAACUGCCUUGCUAGUGGUAGCUAGAUUAAGGGUUUAUUAGGAUAGUUGAAAGGGACGUAAGGAGUGCUACGAACUCCACCAUAGAUUGUAAACUUAAUUAAUACAGGGACCACAAAGUUUGCAAUUUUACACCGAUUAUGCAAUUUCAUGACAUCACCAGCCUUUUUAUCUAAAUAAAAUCAAAUUAAACAUCAAUCUUAGAGAGUGCUCUCACCGUUUUCGAACGUCAAGAUUAUCCCGGAGAUUCCUCAAAGCUCUCUACUUUCUUCAACUGAUCACUGCCACAAGAAGGAGUAUUAGCAAAAGCGCAUUCCACUUCGGUCCCUUUACACUUUUUUGAAUAAAUAAACUAAAAAAAAAUAUUAAAAUAAUUCAUCCAAUAUGCAAUAAAAUAUUCCAAAAUGUGUUUAUCAUUCGAAGCUGCCCACACCAAUUCGAAGGGAAAUCUUGACAACCACUAGCAUUAACACUACAUUUUUUGACUCUUAAGAGCGAGUUUUUCACCGAUGUGAAACAGGUCGUAUCGAGGUGCUCCGAUUUGGAUGAAACUUUCAGCGUUUGUUUGUCUAUGCAUGAGAUGAACUCAUGCCAAAUAUGAGCCCUCUACGACAAAGGGAAGUGGGGUAAAACGGGCAUUGAAGUUUGAGGUCCAAAACACAUGAAAAUUCUUAAAAUUGCUCGCAUUUCCGUAAAACUUCAUCAAUUCCAACUCUCUUAGAUGCAUUCGAAAGGUCUUUUGAAGCCCUUCAAAAUGUGCUAUAGACAUCCAGGAUUGGUUUGACUUUUUCUCAUAGCUUUUGCAAAUUACUGUUAAAAAUGGAUUUUUUUAAAACCUCAAUAACUUUUGGCAACAGCCUCCAACACCCAUACUCCCAUAGGUCAAAAGUUAGGGAAUUUCAUGGACUAUAAGCCUACGGUAUUAACUUUUUGGCCAAUCGCAGUUUUUCUCAUAGUUUUUCGAUUUUUCUAGAACAAACAUUUUACAACGUUAGUUUUUGCCCUGUAGGCUCCCAUAGCGGCACUUUUUGGUCUCAAUUUUGUCAUAUUCGGAAUCCUCGGUCAAUUUCACGUAAGUUAGAAGUAUUGGAGUUGUAAUUUUGAUUUAAAAAAUAAUUAAAUAAAACAUUUUUGAAAAAAGAAAUAGAUCUUAUUUACCCUGUGAUCAAUACGUCAAAUGCUGUAUCAAGUAGGCGAAAACUUGUUUACCCCUAAUCCGACAAAAUUCUAAAUAAUAUUUUAAUUAAUUCUAAAUGGCAUUUUUUCCAAUCAAAUUCAAAAUUCCAACACCUCAAUCUAAUGUAAAAUUUUCUGAGGAUUCCGAAUAUUUCAAUUGAGACCAAAAAGUGCCGCUAUGGAGGCCUACAGAGCAAAAACUAACGUUGUAAAAUGUUUGUUCUAGAAAAAUCGAAAAACUAUGAGAAAAACUGCGAUUGGCCAAAAAGUUAAUACCGUAGGCUUAUAGUCCAUGAAAUUCCCUAACUUUUGACCUAUGGGAGUAUGGGUGUUGGAGGCUGUUGCCAAAAGUUAUUGAGGUUUUAAAAAAAUCCAUUUUUAACAGUAAUUUGCAAAAGCUAUGAGAAAAAGUCAAACCAAUCCUGGAUGUCUAUAGCACAUUUUGAAGGGCUUCAAAAGACCUUUCGAAUGCAUCUAAGAGAGUUGGAAUUGAUGAAGUUUUACGGAAAUGCGAGCAAUUUUAAGAAUUUUCAUGUGUUUUGGACCUCAAACUUCAAUGCCCGUUUUACCCCACUUCCCUUUGUCGUAGAGGGCUCAUAUUUGGCAUGAGUUCAUCUCAUGCAUAGAAAAACAAACGCUGAAAGAUUCAUCCAAAUCGGAGCAACUCGAUACGACCUCUAGAACAAACCGAGCAGAAUCUACAAAUACUGCCUCUUAAGUGAUCAAAAAACACAAUUCAGAAUUUAUUGCAGCAAUAGAAAAGAAGAAACAUCCCAAAUAAUAAAAUAAAUAUAAAUAAAGAAAAUUUAAAUCGAAAUCGAACAAGCAUAAUAAAUAAAAUAAAAUAUUCAUGAACCCACGAAGAAAACAUUUUGUUGCCUUAAAUAAAGUAAAAAAAAAUGCAAUCGGUGAAUUAACCCUUUGCUUCCUUAAAAAGAUUUGCGUAGAAUUAUUUUUAUUUAAUAAAUACUGUAAAAAAAGCAAAAUAAUCUAAGCGCCAGAAACGCUUCACACAAUGGUUAAAAAAAAGUCUCAAAAAGCAAGCAUGUAAAAAUCAAACCACGUACUUUAACGAAACUGUAAGCCUAAGUAGUAAAGCAAAAUUUUAAUUUCAUAUUCCAAUAAGUUCAGCCGGGCCCCCACUGUGAUACGUGUGCGCGAUGAAUACGGAUGUAAUGUUAGGGAAAUUUGACUUGUAAACACUGAGGAAGAGAUUGUGGUUUUAGACUGAAGUGAAUAAAUUAUUAAAUUAAAAAAUAUCAAUAUUCAACCACAACGAAGAAAACACUGUUUGCAAAUUGAGUUUCUUUAAUUUUAUGGUAAGUUGUUAGAAACUUGCUUGCACUCGCGGCCUCGAUUAGAAUGAUUUAGUUUGAAAUUUUAAGUGAUAAGUUAUGCUAAAUUGAUUCAAGUAAACUGAAGAACUUCUUUUAUACAAUUGGUUGUAGCGAUAUUUGAUAGUUAUAAAUAAAUUCAAUUGUAAUAGAUAA